AGUCGUUCGCUGGAAUCAUUCUGGACUCUGUAUGCAUUGGCAUCUUUUACGCGCGCUUCUCCCGUGCCAACCAACGGGCGAAUACCAUCAUGUUCUCGAACUCCGCCGUGAUUCGUAAGAUUCGUGGGCAUUAUUACUUCAUGUUCCAGACGUGUGAGCGACGGAAACACCAACUUGUGGAGGCCCACGUUCGUCUCUAUGCUGUUCGACAUGAAGCAGAGGAUGACGCUGAUGAGCCCAACGACUUUCUUUUCCAGUGCCACCAGAUGCGAGUGCAACAGCCGGAUGACGACUGCGGCGCGAUGCUUCUUAUGGUGUUACCGCAGGUGGUUGUGCAUCGUAUUGAUCAGUGGAGUCCGCUAUUCCCACCUGAGUGUCUGCCACGAGACGGUGGAGAUCCAAAGACAUGCGCGAGUUAUCCGGACCCGACGCAGCGGCAAGUGGAUAUUGACAACGGGAGUCGCGAUGGAGGACUGCCAGGCGAUCCGAAACUGUACAAGGAGCCGACGAAGAUGCAGAUCAUGAACCACAUCCGCAAGAGUGGACUGGAAGUCGUCGUGAUCUUGGAGGGUAUCGACAGCUCGACGUCCAACACCAUGCAGGCGCGCAACUCUUACACUGACGAAGACAUCGCGUGGGAUGCCACAUUUGAACGCUGUGUGAUCAAGACGUCGAGAGGUCUCUGCAUUGACUUUGAUCGCUUCCACCUGCUGAAGCCCGCGCCACUCGAUGCAAAGCGUUGCGUCAUGUCGUCGCAAUUCUGAGAAUAUUGUUGUGAAAGCAGCAAUUUUUCGCGGCAACAGUAUGAGAGUGUAAUGACAACAAUGUAGAUCACUAGUUUGAU